AUGAAACAAAUGUCCGAGGAUAAGGGUGCCCAGCAGCAGCAGCAGGGAUUCGGUUUCAUCACUUAUUGCCCUCUUUUCGACCACGGGUUCUUCUGCGGUCGUGGCAGCAGCAGCAGCAGAGAACGGGGAAGGGGGACUAUAACGACCUUCCAUAUGGCCUCCUUAUUGUCUGAUGAAAGUCAUCUCCCAUCCCAUGUGAGGUCAUCAUCAGUAGGGGAACUCGGUGAAGGCAGAACGGUCAUGUUUUCAGUGAAAGCCAGGCAAGUGAAGCACCCCGACAAGGUUUUGGUCUUUGGCGACCAUCCCGUGUUGGGGGGCUGGGAAUUCGGACACGGCGUUGGCAUGAGCCUCAGGGUGCCUCAUGUUUGGGUUACGCAUGUGCGGGUCCCGACGAGUGUCACUAGGCUCCACUACAGGACGAGGAUCCACAGGGUCAUGGACACCACCAGAGACGGCCAUGACAUCUACGGGUCCUACGACGGGCACUUCAGGGUGGACCCCUUUGGCUGGCUCACCCCCGGGGUCAACCUCGUGCACGCCAAGGUGGCCCCGAAUGCCGUCGAGCUAUCAUUAUUGAGGGCAGCAGCAGUGCCAUCACAAUCCAACAACAAUACAGCAAAUAAUCGUGAUAAUAAGGGGUCAUCGAAAGCAGGCCUUCUCCUGCGACUGCACGUGACGUCAUUCUCGACGUCCCAUCGUCGUCAUCAGACGAGCAUCGUCUCGAAUGACCAGCAACUUAUUCAGAGGCAGCAGAGCUCAUCUGCGCCAGGCGUGAAAUAUGCGAGCAGUUCAUCUUCAAUUCCUCAUGAUGGGUGUGAGACGGCUGAGGGUCAUUUGUUGCAAAUGGCAUCUUCCCAAGGAAGCAAUGUUUCCUUCUGCGACCUGAUGGUUGAACCGGUCAAGUUCGCACCUCAGCCAGACAUUGGAGUGCCAUUGAAACCAAGGUCUUUCGUGGUAUUUGAGACCUUCUUUUGUGACGACUGUGAUAUUGGGCUGAUAUUCAAGCUGACUGCAGAAUGUCCAGAUGAAGCAAAAUGUAACUCGCCGGAAGAUGAGAAUUUGUCAACAACAAACAGCAGGGAUGAUUCAAUCGUACCAGACCCACAUAAUACUGUGGAUGCAUCUGAAUGCCAGCAGCAGAAGUCCACAGCACAGGUGAUCGGCAUCGGCGUUAUUUCUCUCGGGUUCCUGCGUGUUCCAGGCAUUGAUCAUCAGAUGCAACACGAGAUUGCACUCAUGAGUAGUUCUAGUAGUCCAUCGACGACGAGGAGUGGCCAGAAAAACGAUGAGAAGCAGCAGCAGGUCAACGUGGGCCACUUGCGAGCGUCCUUCAUGUUGGCCAAACCGAUCAUUCCACCAACUGCUGAUGAUGACGGCACCAGCACUCCCAGCAGCAGCAGCAGCAGCAAGAAGAAGAAUAAUAAUAAUAAUAUUAAGGAGACCAACCAAAACAACAGCGUCAGUCGGGCCUCGUCGUCGUCGCUCAACUGCCUCUUGGCCAGGGACUGGCAAACUGAAAGAUGGACAGGCUUGGACAUUGGUCAUCGGGGAACUGGGCGGGAUGUUGUCUGUGCUGAUGUUUCUGAAGGAGACCGAACCAGCACCAGCACGUCGAGGAUGGCUUCCAGGUGUAGGGAAAACACACUUUUGGCUUUCAAGGUGGCCGCGGAGCACGGCGCAGACAUGCUGGAGUUUGACAUACACUUGACAAAGGACAAAGUCCCAGUCAUCUUCCACGACUUCUACGUUGCACCGUACUCCCAGGAGUGGGAGCAGCAGCAGUGCGUGGGCCACGAGGACUGCUUGCCGUUCCCCUGCCUGGAAUCGGCCUUCUGGAACAUCACCCCCGACGUGGGCUUCAACUUGGAGAUCAAGUACCCGCAGGACUUGGUGGACAACACGACCGAGCUGGACAAGCCAGUCAUGGACAUGAACGAGUACGUGGACGUGAUUCACGCCAGCGUGGAGGCCUACAACAAUCACGCAUCAACUGCUGCUGCCAGGGUCAUCCUCUACAGCUGCUUCCACCCCGACCUCUGCAUCGCACUCCGCAUGAAGCAGAACAGAUACCCGGUCAUGUUCCUCACUCAG